AUGAGGAAUGACACUGAAGCGGCUAAGCGGCUGAUCGAGCAGGGGGCGAACCCGUGCUGCGAAGAUCAGCGGCAGUGGAGCCCGCUGAUCUGGGCUGCUUCACAUGGCAACGAGGACCUUACCAGACUAUUGAUCAAGCACAAUGCCGCGGAGGUCUACAAGUCUGAUGAGACCACGAAGGUGCGAAAGAAGCACAGCCCACUCCACUGGGCGGCGUUCAAAGGCCAUCUCAAGGUCUUGUGGUUGCUGAUGGCGCCGCCGCAGAACCUCUCGCAUCACGAAAGGGACGCCAUAGGCAACACGCCUCUACAUCAGGCGGCUGCAGGAGGAAACCUGGAGUGUGCGAAGUGCUUGAUGGCACAGGGUUGCGAUGUCCUCGCCAAGAAUGACCGAGGGCACACGCCUUUUGCGUUAUGCACGGAUCCAGAUGUACAGCAACUUCUGCAGAAUGCAAUGAAUGCCACGGCCUGCAAGGCAUCUGGGAAGCAGUUUUCCUCGACGGUUUUGAGAUACUUGUGCUCGUGGUCUUUGGAUGUGUUCUGCGAGAAGGAGAUCACACAGACCUUUGUGUAUGAGCAUCCAGAGGCCACUGAGAAGGAGAAACCUGUAACCUGGUGCAAUGAGGUCAGAGCAACCAUUCAGGAGCUGGAACAUCAGCUUAACCAUGCUAUGCACCUGAAUCAGCUGGAGACCGUCACGGCCGCUUUGGAAGCAGCUGCCGACAAGCCGGUCGACUGCAAGCUGGUGCACCAAUGCAACCAGCUGAAGGAGAAGCUGGAGUCGGAGAUCCAGUUGGGCAAGGCCAUGCAGGUGACUACCAUCACCGACCUCGACGAGUUUGACAGCGUGCAUGAUGCUUUGAGUAAGGCAAUCGAUGACGCGGUCGCCAAGAAAGCAGAUCCGGUUCGGGUCCAAGCUGCGAAGACACUGCGGCGGAAGCUGCUUGCAGAGGCGUCGCUCAUGCGAACUGUCCUCGGCCAGCAGAAGACCACUGUGGCUCAUAUUUCCAUGCUGCAGGAGCUGCUGACAGCAGCAAAGGCAGAAAAUGCAAACGAAGAGCUCGUGCUGCAAGCGUCCAAGCUCAUAGCACGACUGAGAAGUGAAAGUGAAGUGCAGCAGCGAAUUUCGGCCACAGCAGUCUUAUGUGAAGUCGACUGCUUCAAGGAAGCUGAAGGGAGGGAAGAGAUGCCGGACUGGUCUCGUGACACGGAGAGGUUUGAAGAGUUUCACGAGGACUUCAAGCGGGUCAUGGAGGAUGCGGAACGUGAUCAGAUCUCGGACGUGCUCAUGAACACAGCGCUGGAGCAGCUCGAUAAGAUUGAGCGCCUGCUGGUGGACAAAAAGCAAACAGAAGAAGAGAUGCGCCUCAAGGCAGCAAAGGCAUCAAAGAAGAAGGGCAAAAAAUGA